GACCUGCCGAGUAACUGGGACUGGGAGCGCUUCCGCCCAGUAUCGGCGUUGCUGCGGCCCGGCACCACCGUGGCGCUGUGGAACGAUGUCCACAAGCGCUACCUGCGCAUGAACGGGCACCACGACAAAAUGGAUGGAUCUCCGAAGUUGGGGAAGAUGACAGACGCGCCUCGCGGAUGGACUUGGGAGCUGUUCCGGGUCGUGGAUGCCGGCUAUGGCCAGGUGGCCUUGCACAACCACGUCAGCAACCGCUUCAUGAAGAUGGGUGGCCACGACAUGAUUCGCUCGCCGACGAAAGACUGGAACAAGCUGCCCACGGGAUGGAACGCUGAGAAAUUCACGGUGGUGGAUGCAGGAGGUGGCAAGGUGGCCCUGCACCAUGCGCAGAACAACC